UUCCAUUGUCAGCGGCACUCCAGAGCGCCAGCACUCGACGAUUUCGUCCUGCUUCUGUCCAUUUCAGCGCGACACUUUUAGUCUAGCCGCACACCAUGAAGUACGAGGUGGACACAGAGAACAAUGCAGAAAAACGAGCUUCACUGGUCUCGCCUGGAAAUGGGAUGUCAGGUUGCCUGGUGUUGGUGGUGCUGCUGCUGUCGGCGGCGAUUGUCGCAAUGUCCGCCACCAUGUACGUGUUCACCUCCGCCAGACUGAACGAAGCUACUCAACCGCCGUCGCAAGAGGACGGAUACACGUGCCAAUCAGACGAGUGCAUCAUUUCAGCUGCCAGGAUUAUCACGUCCCUGGACCCGAGUGCCGAUCCGUGCCACGAUUUUUACCAAUUCGCCUGCGGAGGAUGGAUCGAGAACAAUCCCAUUCCUGACGGUAGCUCUCAGAAAAAUCAGUUUCAGGUUCUUAAUGAUGACCUCACCUACAAAAUCAAACAUGCGCUUGAGACUCCAGACACGACCUUAACUUUGAAGCCGUUGAAACAAGCGAGAAGCAUGUACAAAACUUGCAUGGAUGAAGAAACAAUGGAGAAGAUGGGAGUGGAGCCGAUGCUGAAGGUCCUUCGCGCCAUCGGUUUGACCGACCUGCCGUUGGACCACGAAGGAAGUCUCAACGAGACUGACGACGACUCGGAAUUGGCGCACUGGCAGAGCGUAAUCGCGAAUUCGGAGAGGAUGCUGGGCUACAGCAUCCUCUUCUCGCUGCACGUCGGCGAGCACCCGAUGAACACCUCCAAAUUCGUCAUCCAGAUAAGCCAAGGUAACCUCGGAUUUCCCGAAAAGGUUUCGAGCAAAGAGAGCGAGGAGGAAGCCAAAGUGAUCGAAGUUUACAUCGCGCACUACAUCGACUUGCUCGUCAAACGCGUGCCAGGCGCGAAAGUCAACACGAGCCGAGUAGCGCACGAGGUGCUCCAGUUUUCCAAGCAGCUGCGCAACCUGACGGUCGAAAACGACACAAAGAAAGACCUGCUCUCGCAGUUGGAGGAAAUCACCUUCGCCGACCUGCAGAACAUCACUGAUUCGAACCUCAACCUUUCAAUCAGUGACCCAAAUAGAUUAAACUGGACGGAAUACGUGAAUUUCGUUUUCGACGGUCUAAACGUGACCCUGGACUUCGACAGUGAACUGAUCAUUGUCAAGAACACUGAGUACUUUCAAAAACUGUCUGAACUGCUGCAAAACACGCCUGCAGAAACAAUAGAGCGAUAUAUCUGGUGGAGAGUUUUCUCGGCCUUGGCGCCGCACACAAUGAAAGAAUUUCGCGAGGCGAGGAAGAAAUUCUGGCAAGCGACGACCGGCAUCAUCGAAGACCUGCCCAAGUGGAAGGUUUGCGCUUACAAAGUGAAUGAAAUCUUCGGAAUGGCCAUUGGAUACGAGUACAUCAAGAAACACUUCAAUGAGGAAGCAAAACAAAAGGCACUCCAGAUGGUGAACGACAUUCACCAGGCGUUCGAGGACAUGGUGAAAGAGGUCGACUGGAUGGACGAGGCCACAAAGAACAUCACAAUACAGAAAAUAAACGCCGUCAUGCCUUUCAUUGGCUUUCCCGACUGGAUGCUCAUUCCUGGUGCAAUGGAAAAGUACUACGAAGGGAUCGAAAUCGUUGACGGCGAGUGGUUCGCGUCGCAUAUGAAAAUCGUCGAGGUUUAUCACAACACGACUUUGAAAAAAUUGAACACCAAACCGGACAGAAACAUUUUUGUAGCCUUCCCGACCACAGUUAACGCAUUUUAUUCACCGCAGAUGAACUCGAUCACAUUUCCUGCAGGAAUUUUACACCCUCCUUUUUAUGGCUUGGGCCUCGAAUCUUUGAACUACGGAGCGAUUGGUGCAAUCAUUGGCCACGAAUUCACGCACGGCUUUGAUAACGAUGGACGUCAGUUCGACCUGGACGGAAACCUGAAGGAGUGGUGGACAAACAAAACACUGACCGAGUACAAAAGCCGCGUGCAGUGUAUUGUUGACCAGUACAGCAAUUACUACUUUGAACCACUCGGCAAGAAUUACACGGUCAACGGCAAGAUCACCCAGGGCGAAAACAUCGCGGACAACGGUGGCCUGCGCGAAGCCCUUCGAGCGUACGAAAUUCUGAAAACUCGUCAGGCGCAGCAGCAUUGGGGCCGGAAAUCGGCGCCCGACCCUGAACCCUAUUUGCCAGGAUUCGCCAACUUUUCGCACAAGCAGCUUUUCUUUCUCGGAUAUGCCAACAUGUGGUGCAGCAACGAAACGCCCAGCUCGCUGAAAGAGAGUUUGAAGUCGGACGUGCACAGCCCAGGUCGGUUCAGGGUGUUGGGCACGCUGUCCAACAUGAAGGAGUUCGCCGAGGCGUGGAAUUGCUCGGCGGGCACGCGCAUGAACCCGGUCAAGAAAUGCGUGCUCUGGUAGAGCCGCUGAUUAGAAAUUAUUGUCGCGUCUAAAAGCAGGCCAUAUAGCUUAAAGUGUGAUCUCUAUUGUAAAUAUACACGUUGUAAAGCUUAAGUGGGAAAACUUUUUUGACUGACGUGGCAGUUUACUGCGGAAUAUUCUUUGUUAGAUUAAAAGUUUUGUGUGAAAAAGUUUGUGUUGGACUAAUCCUAGAUGAUUUGAUAAGAAUUAAGUGGCGUGCAUGAAACACAACUCUGGAAUCCAGCGAUGUUAAAAAAUUAAAAAAUUGUAAUUUAGAACAGUGCAAUGUUUUCCUCAUAUAUUUAUGUAGAUCAUUCAGCUUUUUUCUAAUUAGAUAUAAUUUUGUUUUGAUUUGCCUCGAAUUGAAGUCAAGUCUGAAUUUCUAUUUUUAUGUGACUAAUAGAUGAUUAAAAAAUGUUAAUUUUGAAAUA